UCUCGAUUCUCUGAUCUAGUGUCUCUUGUCUGAUAUGAUACGCAUCCAAUUUUCCAUCCUACAAACCUGAACGACAAGGUUCCCCAAUGAAUCUGCUGAAUAUUGAUGGCCACCGCCAUCUCAACUGCCUCCAUCUCCUUCACCCCACUGUCCCCCUUUUCCCGCAGAAAACCAACUUUCCACCCCCACCACUCCUCUCUCCCUCUCCGCCCCUCCUCCCUCUCUUCCCUCAUUCAACCCAACAAAACCCCGAACCUCUCCUUAUCUCCUCUCCCCCUUCUCCCGCCACCCCUCGACAGCACCCAAAUCCUAGAACUCGGUCCCCUCCACGAUGACCGCCGCCUCCGCCACCUCCUCCGCCUCGCCGCCGACCACCGCGACCUCGCCCUCGGGAGAGCCGUCCACGCCGCCGUCGCCAAGGCCGGAGACGGCGCCGACGACGACACGCGCCUCGCCAACGCCCUCAUCUUCAUGUACCUCAAGCUCGGCCGCCUCGCCGACGCCCGCAAGGCGUUCGAAUGCUUGCCAUGUCCCGACGUCGCCUCCUUCACCGCCCUUGUCUCCGGAUACGCCAAAUGCGGUUGCGAGGCGGAGGCGAUCGACCUCUUCUGCCGAAUGCGGCAGUCGGGCAUCGACCCAAAUGAAUUCAGCUUCGUCGCCAUCUUGACUGACUGCAUUCGGCAGGGGAAUUCUCAAUUGGGUGCUCAAGUUCACGCCUUGGCGAUCAAAACUCACCACUGUUUUUGCGUGCAUGUCUCCAAUGCUCUGGUUGGGAUGUAUGUGAAGUGCGGCCGUGUUGAUGCUGCUGUCCAAUUGUUUGGUGACAUGCCUGAGAGAGAUGUGUCAUCGUGGAAUGCAGUUAUUCUGGGCAUGGUCGAGGACUGUCGAUAUCAUGAAGCAUUCGAGCUGUUUCAUGAUAUGCAAAUCAGUGGAUAUCAUGGGGACCAUUUCACUCUGUCAACCCUACUGAGUGCUGCUGCAGAGAGUUUCGCCCAUGCUGAAGGUGAGGCUAUCCAUGCUUACGCUCUUAAAACUGGGUUGGAGUUGGAGUUGAGCAUAUGCAAUGCUCUCAUUGGGUUCUACAGUAAGUUUGGUCGUGUAGAAGAUGUGGUUGAUGUGUUUCAGAGGAUGCCGGUAAGGGAUGUGAUAUCAUGGACCGGAAUGCUUACCGGGUUUAUGGAAUUUGGUUUAGUGGAUUCGGCUGUGGAGGUCUUUGAUCAAAUGCCUGAGAGAAAUAGCAUCUCAUAUAAUGCUCUCUUAGCAGGGUUUUGCAAGAACAGCGAAGGCUAUCGGGGGCUAAAAUUAUUUCAGCAGAUUUUGGAGGACGGAAUGGAGAUGGCAGACAUCAUGCUGACAGGUGCCAUUAAUGCUUGUGCAAUAGUCUCUGAUAGGAAACCGAGUGAGCAGAUUCAUGCAUUCGUGAUUAAGAUCGGCUGCGAGUCGAAUCAUUGGAUCAAAACAGCUCUGAUAGACAUGUGUUCCAAAUGUGGCAGAAUGGAAGAUGCUCAGAAGAUGUUUGGAACUUCAGUUCAUCAUAGAAGCUUUCCAAUGGCCUGGACUUCUCUUAUAUGUGCCCAUGCUAAAAAUGGGCAGCCAGAAGAGGCUAUAGCUCUUUUUCAUGAGAUGUUAAAGAGAGAUGGCACGAUUAAAAUGGAUGAAUUCAUGUCAGCCACUGUCCUUGGAGUCUGUGGAACCUUGGGAUUUGGUGUGCUGGGAAAGCAAAUCCACUGUUCAGUUGCUAAAUCUGGGAUUUCAUCUGAUCUUGCAGUAGAGAAUGCUAUCUUCAGCAUGUAUGCUAAGUGUGGCGACUUGGCAGAUGCUAUUACUUUCUUUGAUCAAAUGCCUAGACAUGAUAUAGUGUCAUGGAAUGCAUUGAUCACUGCUCAUCUUCUUCACCGUCAAGGCGACCGUGCUUUGGAUGUGUGGGCUAACAUGGUGGACUUGGGUGUAAAGCCUGACUCCAUUACCUUCAAUUUGAUCUUUUCAGCUUGCAAAUAUACUAGCACAAACUCAGUCAGUACUUGUCAAAGACUGUUUCACUCUAUGGGAAGAGCUUAUGACGUUGAGCCAGCUUCUGAGCACUAUGCUGCCAUGGUUGAUGUCUUAGGUUUUUGGGGUAGCUUUGAUGAAGCUGAAAGGUUAAUAAAUAGCAUGCCUUUUAAAGCUGAUGCAUCCAUUUGGCGAGCUUUACUUGACAAUUGUAGAUUGCGCUCAAAUCUGAGUCUGGGAAAACAGGUGGCACAGCGCCUUCUUGCUUUGGAACCACAAGACCCAUCAACCUACAUCCUUGUAUCAAAUCUUUACUCUGCUUUUGGGAGAUGGCAUUGCUCGGAGAAGGUAAGGAAUGAGAUGCGAGGAAAGGGCUUUCGCAAGCAUCCUGCACGAAGCUGGACCAUUCAUCAGAAUGCAGUGCAUUCAUUCUUUGCAAGAGAUAGAUCACAUCCACAGACCAAAGACAUCUAUGGUGGAUUGGAUAUACUGAUCCUGGAGUGUAUGAAGGCUGGGUAUGAGCCAGAUACAAGCUUUGUGCUACAUGAGGUGGAAGAAUACCAGAAGAAACACUUCCUCUUUUAUCACAGCGCUAAACUAGCUGCCAUGUAUGGGAUCCUAAUGACUGGCCGUGGACGACCCGUGAGAAUUGUGAAAAACAUUCGUCUGUGCGGUGAUUGCCAUGCAUUCAUGAAUUACGUUUCUACUGUGACUGGGAGAGAGAUCUCGGUGAGGGAUGCCACUGGAUUUCACAAUUUUAAGGGUGGAAAAUGCUCUUGUGGAGAUUCCUGGUGAUCCAACUGAAGAGAUGAUUUGUUGCUCAAAGUCCUUGUACCAAAUCACCUGCUGUGGCCAAAGACCUGAUAAUCCAACAAGCAGCAGCAGCAUACGAUGGCAUAUCAGAUAUAGUUUCCAUGCCAUUCUAUUUCCAAGUUUUCUUUGCAAUCAUAUUCUCCAAGCAUUCAUAUAUAUUUUUUUUUUCAUCUAUUUAGGUAAGUAAGUGGAGUUUACACCCUCUGGUGAAAACAAGCAGAAGAAUAAUUUCAGACAACCUCUGUGGUACCAUAUGCCCCCAAAGGUGAGAACCAAAAUGAGUCGCACCAAAUCUACUAACCAAUCAAAGGCUUGGUUCGCUUGCUGCUAGAUGUGUGUAAUCCACCAUUCCCUAAGCUGCUGAGUAGUUGCUCCAGAUGUGAUGAGGAUUAAGGCUGCUCAAUCCACCAUACCGUAGCUCUCCCCCUCGAGCCACACGGCAGAUGCAUUACAAGAUAUUGCUGCAACUCAAAGCCCCCAGGCCGACCAAAGCUCAGCCAAGUUUAAGCCUUCCAAAUGAUUAAUAUACUUCUGUAAGAGUUUAUUAUAAAGUACAGUAGCAAUAGGCUUUGGGCAUAUAUAUUACUCUAUAAGUUAUUUCCCUAUCUUUCCAAGUAACAAUUUUCAAGUCUUUCUACUUCUAUGUUUUGAUGGCGAUCGUAUUCUGUAAACCUUUUAAUAAUUAACAUACUUCAGUAAGAGUUUAUUUUAGAUUACAGUAGCAAUAGGCUUUAGGCAUCAAUUACUCUUAGUUACUUCCAUACAUAUUGAAGUAAUAAAAGCAAAGGUUGAAACAAAAGAAGAUGUCUCUGAAUUCUUCCACUUGAGUCUGCAACCUUUUUGACUUUCUUUGAUUACCUUAACGGAUAGCUGCUUCAGCACAUAUGUUUAUAUUUUCAGAAAGAUCUUUCAUUGCAGGGAGGGAUGGUUGCGUUGAGAAUGGUUGGAGCUGGUCAGAGAAAUUUACGAAAGUAGAUAGGAAAGUAGGUAAUAGCAAUUGCCACAAGUAGGCCGGCCGCAUACCCAAACAGCACGCCUUCCCAUGAGAUCCAUCCAUCCUCACCCUCAUCAUUGGUAGACUCUGAAAUCGGUUCAUCUGGUGAUGGCGGACUGCAUGGAACCUCGAGCUGAAACCCGCACAACCCGCUGUUAUUAGCAUAAGAACCUGGAUCAGUCAUGGUGGACAUCUGACCGCCGACGGGAAUCGGACCUGCAAGCUCAUUGUUGCUUACAUCCAAUGUGGUCAGUUCAUUGAGCUUCACAAAUGUUUGAGGUAUGCUGCCAUCAAGCUUA